AGCCUUUAUUUUCUCCUUUGGAAGAGGCGUGUCUUCGUCCUCUGCGUCGUUACGCAUCUUUGGGCACCCGUGAAGCGUUUGGGCGCCGCGUGAGCUCAACCCGGAAAGCGCACGCGGGGCAGCCGGCUGUUUUAAAUAGGGGGAGACUCUUGGAGUGCGCGACUUUGCGCAUCUGGACAAAGCCGCGCGGCCACCUGACCGGGCCCGGAGCGGUCGGAUGAAAGGGUUCUGCUGCGUCACGUGACUUCUGAGCCGGUGACCCGCCAUGGGGGGCCGCCUCUCCAGCCUCCACGUCGUCAUGGUGGGUUUGGACUCGGCGGGGAAAACCACGGUUCUGUACCGCCUCAAGCUCCACGAGUUCGUCGACUCGGUCCCGACCAUCGGCUUCAACGCGGAGCGGGUCCGGCUGGCCGGUCCGGGCGCCUCCAGGGGCCCCCGCUGCCACCUGUGGGACGUCGGGGGCCAGGAGAAGCUGCGGCCCCUGUGGAGGCCCUACAGCCGGCGCGCGGACGGCCUCGUGUUCGUGGUGGACUCGGCGGACGCGAUGCGGCUGGACGAGGCGCGCGCCGAGCUGCACAGGGUCACGCGCCUCCAGGAGAACCAGGGCACCCCGCUGCUGGUCAUCGCCAACAAGCAGGACCUGCCGCGCGCGCUGGACGUGGCGGAGGUCCAGAGGCGGCUGGCGCUGGAGGAGCUGAGCGCCUCCACCCCCCACCACACCCAGCCGGCCUGCGCCAUCACCGGAGAGGGGCUGGAGGAGGGCAUGGAGCAGCUCCACCGGAUGAUCCUGAAGAGGAGGAGGAGGAGGAAGAAGAAGCAGUGACUGACGGGCUGCAGCCUUUUUCCAGAAAUCACACUUUUACAUGAAAGACAUCAACUUUUUCUUUUCUUUUUGCACAGCAUGCAAGGGAUUUUCACAAUAAAAGCCCCAAAGUUCAAAAUAACCAAAUUUCCAACAACUCAGGAAAAUAUAUAUAUAUAUAGAGAGAGAGAGAGAUAUGCGCUCCAAAAAUAUAUCCCAUCAUGAAUAACGAUGUGUUUUCAUAGCGUUUUUUCCUCAAAAAACGUUUUUUAAAUCAAACUUUUCUAUGAUAUGAAUAAGAAAGUCAAAUAAUACAUUUAGUCUUUUCAUUUUUCAUGAUGAGGGACUCUUAUUUUGAAAACCCAAUGAAGACUUACAUGAAAGCCCUCAAUUCUUUGAAUGUGUGCUACAUUCGGUAAGAAUUUUGCAUCUUUUAGGUCGAUAAAAUUGAAAUCAAAUAAUGCAAUGUUCUAAAUUAACAUGACUUAUUUAGAAAACUCCAGUCUGGAUGAAAGCCUUUAAUGCUCCAAUCAGCUGGGUGGGAUUUAUUGAAGUUGGAAAAAAGUUCAUUUUUAUUCUAUAAAAUAUAAAAUAUGUAUUGUCGUAAAUUUCCAAAAAGAAUUUUAUUUUGAAAAAUCAAUUAAAUCUUUAUAAACGCCUACAAUUCUUCGAAUAUACCUUUUGUGUGAUAUAUUAAGAAAGGAAAAAAUUAAAAUAUGACUCAGGCAAAUAAUGCAACAUGGAUAGUUGCAUAUUUCCACAAUAGGGAGACUCUUAUUUUGAAACUUCAAAAAGCCUUCCAUUUGGGAUUGUGUGAUAUAUUUAGAACGAAAAGAAGCUUUUUUUUCUAAACAUUUUAUGAAUCAGAAAGCUAAAUAAUUUAAUAUCUAUUGUCAUAAGUUUUCACCAUAGAGGACUCUUAUUAUGAAAAAUUCAUUUAGGUCUUAAUGAAAACCUUCAAGUCCUUGAAUGGCUACGUGAGAUACAUUCCAUAAGAAAAAGAUUAAUUUUUUAACCUUUUUUUUUGUUGUUUUUUUAUAAAAAGUAUAAAUCAGGCCAUCAAAAAAUAUUCAUAAAGGAGAACUCUUACUUUGAAAACUAGAAAGGAUUUUUACAUGAAAGACUCGUAUUUAAAGCCAAAACAACAAACAUCAGGUGCAGAAAAACGUGAGAAAUACCAGAAUUUUCCUUUUGUCAUUAUGUAGGAUUUAUUUCACAUAAAAUGCCAGAUAUCGCGUGGCGUGUUUGAGAAAUGAUUUUUGCCCAAAAAAUUCCCUUUGUGUGUGGAGUUUAGAGUCAUACACUCUUUUUUCCCCAGGAAGGGUUUCUUUCUGUCCGGUCUCUGCGUUUGUUGCAACCUGGGUGGCAUGAAAACAACUUUUGCCUCUAAAUUUCUCUGAAUUUUUACGUUUUUGGAUUCAUGAAAACAAACUAUGACGACUCCGUGAUGCUUAGAAAACCGAAACAGUGCCAUUUUGUUUUAGCUAAAUUUUAAGAAAAGGAAUUAGAACCUCACAUUUGAGUCACGACAUAGCAGAAAUUCACUUAUAGUUACUUUUUUGUUCUGAUAAAACAAAAAAAUGUAUUGGUUUAAUAUAUAUAUAGCAAAAAUACUUCAAUAGUCCCAUGUUUUCAAUGUGUUUUGGUAACAGGAAGUGACAUCAUGUUUGGGGAAGACAUCAAAUGAUGCUGGGGAUUUGUUAAAGCUUCAGUGUCUGUUUUUAAAACGGUUACAUCUGUGAUUUAGAUGAAGUUCCAGACGGAAAAAAUCUCAGCCGGAAACGUGAAACGAAGAGGACACAGUCAUCAGGGUAUCGCGUGAUUCUUAAACUCCUUUAUUGGAUUUUGAUACAUGUUUUUUUUUUUUUUUUUUUUUGUUAAACCAGAAGGGAUCUGGUGUCCUCUGCUCUGAGUUUCUGAGGGAACGAUCUGAUCAAAGCCAGACAGGAAGUUGAGCGUUCCCCCGAAAUAAUAAAACUGGCAGGAGCCUCUUUGGAUUCUUGCAAAACAAUUGUUUUCGUCUUAAAACAAUAAAGGUUUCAAUCCGAACAAGAAAAAAACUCCAAGACGUUCCAAAAAUGUCUUCUUUUGUUCUGUUAUUAUUUUGUUGCAAUAGUUCAACUUUUUGUAUAAAGAUAAUAAUAUAUUAAUUAGAAAUUUACAAACUAUGCGUUUAAAGCAAAAAUGGAAAAUAAAAUAAAACUGUAAUAUUUUUGGGAAUAAAGUGAUUUUCAAAUUAACUUUGGUGUUGGUGUGCUUUAUUUAGCC